UCGUUUAUUACUGGGCUUUAGAAAAGCAGUGUAACGGAAUUUGAGUAGUCAAAGUUCGUAACCAUCAACAAAACCAACGGUUGUUGAUUACAUGGAUUAUUACAUAGGCGUUGGAUGAUUAACCAUGGCUAGACAUGACACUGAGGAACACUGCUUUUCAUUCACGAAAAAGUAUGUUGUGUUACGCUCUCGUCCGGCCAUAGGAUGGAUAUAACACUAUAAGACAGCUACUCAAGUUUCACAAGGAGCUAUUCAGGCUCAGUUCUCGCGCGCGCACACGAACGACUUCUUAGCCUAGGACUGUCUUGCCACUUUGCCACUUCUUGAUGGUCAGAGACUAGUGUCAUUCGCAGUCAACGGAGUGAGGACAGAACAUGCUUCCUCUGACGUUCCUUCGCGUUCUUCUGUCCGGCUUGGUUGUGAUAUCAGUGAUUACAGCACAGCAAUUGGAUGACCCCUGUAUUCUUGACCUUGCUUACAUCAUGGACGCAUCUGGUAGCAUCACGCCCUAUUGGAAUGAUGUUCUGAGGUUUGCCCAGGGAGUCGCGAGUAGGGUGAACAUAUCGUCCGAUGGAACCCAUCUUGCAGUGAUCAAGUUGGGCGAGGAAUCCGCAGUAGAAUUUGGAUUCAAAGAUGGUACAAAUGAAAAAUCGGUUAUUGAUAAAUUGGGUAAGCUAGAUCCCCCUGAGGCAGGUGCUAGAACCUAUCUGCACAAAGCGCUUAGAGAUGCAAACAGCAAACUUUUCGACGAAGGGACAAAUGAGUUCCAAUUCCGAGAAGAUCCCAGUGUACGAAAGGUCGUUUUAAUCAUAACGGACGGUGCGCAAACUCCUCCAGAAUCACCCGACGUACCAGCUGAUGCACUUAAAGAUAGGGGCUUUGAGAUUUACGCUAUUGGUGCCGGAGAUGCCAGGAGUCAUUACCGGGAAUUGGAGAGGUUAAAAAACAAAGAUCUGUUCUUUGUACAAAGGCCGAGUGAACUUCCCAACAAAGUUAACGAUGUGGCACAAGCCCUCUGUCCGAGGUCGAUUGAAACCACGGUUAUUGGUCCCCCGGGAGAAACAGGAGCUGUCGGCCUUAGGGGUAACCGCGGAAUACCAGGCAGACGUGGAAGAACAGGGCCAGCCGGACUAAAGGGUUUCCCCGGGAGCAAAGGUGCUAUGGGCGACUUAGGAGAUCCGGGUAAUCCAGGGCCUCCCGGCCCCCCAGGAUCAACCGCCGGGUUACCGAGUGUACCUGGAGAAAAAGGUCCGUUAGUUCUCGUCAAUGUGGUACCUGACAUUCCCGGCGGACGGAUCGGGCAACCAGGAGGCUCUGGAGAUGCUGGAGCAAAGGGAUAUGAAGGAUCUUUCGGUUUUCCCGGAAUACCAGGAAGUGCCGGAGAUGAUGGACGUCCGGGAUUUCAAGGUUCCGUUGGUCUUCCUGGUGAGCCUGGCCCAGAUGGUCCAGUUGGACCUGCAGGUGCAAAAGGUAGACCUGGACCUGAAGGAUAUGGGGGACAAACGGGACCAAUGGGUGAUCCUGGACCAUUAGGUAGUCCUGGACCUGUUGGUUCUAAAGGUCGAGAAGGAAGAAUUGGGAUUGUUGGACAGCAAGGACAGGAUGGUGAAGUGGGUCUAACGGGUGACGUUGGCAAGCCAGGACCUGAUGGAUCAGUGGGUCUGAAUGGAUUAGGCGGAGUGAGCGGACGAGCCGGUUACCCUGGCCCUUCAGGUCUUGAGGGAAAGGAGGGUCCAACUGGUUCACCUGGAGCUCCGGGCAUUAAAGGAAGCCCCGGCAGCCCAGGUGCGCCUGGUAAACCUGGAAUCAAAGGAAGCCCAGGACAGGGAGGUGACACAGGCAUGAUGGGGGAUACCGGACCCACAGGUGAAAGUGGGUCUGAUGGAGUCCCAGGAACUGACGGAGCUCCGGGUCUCCGCGGAAUGGCUGGUAAACAAGGGGAAUCAGGAGGCCCGGGCGAAGCUGGGCCUGCAGGACCUGCUGGAGGAGACGGACGUGCAGGAGAAAUUGGUGUACCCGGAGAUCUUGGACCAACUGGCGGCAAAGGUGAAAAGGGCGAGAUCGGAAGACCAGGGAGCACGGGAUUCACUGGUGAUAAAGGACCUGGGGGUCUUGCUGGACCAAAUGGUGCGCGAGGAUUUCUAGGUUCGGCUGGUAAACAGGGUGGCCCUGGCGGACCGGGCAGUCCUGGAAGAAAUGGCGAGACUGGACAAAGGGGAGCGCGGGGUAGUCAAGGAAACCCAGGUGUUAUGGGUGCAGUGGGAAUAACGGGAAGGGCUGGAAGCCGUGGGGGCCGAGGAUCCAGAGGUGUUAAGGGAGACGCGGGUGUUCCAGGCCGACCAGGCCCACCAGGAAUAACUGGAUCAAGGGGUCCUGACGGCAGACCAGGAUCUAGUGGUGGUGCAGGGGCGCCAGGAAGUUCGGGUGCUAAAGGCGAUGAUGGUUUUCCAGGAGAGAACGGUGCACCGGGUUUUCCUGGAUUAUCUGGUGGGGUUGGACCUGUUGGUAUGAAAGGAGCUGAGGGACCUGUUGGAAAUAAUGGAGGUCAAGGGGAACGAGGAUCCACCGGACCAAAGGGCGAAUCAGGGUCUCCGGGAGGUCAAGGUGUGGCAGGGGGACCAGGUACCAUGGGUAUCCAAGGCCCCGCAGGGUCCCAAGGAUCAACUGGGGAAGUUGGGGAUGUGGGAGCUUCUGGUCCUGCCGGUGAUACGGGCUCAGCCGGAUUCAGUGGCCGCCAGGGACCCAAGGGAAGUUCAGGUUCCAAUGGAGUUUCUGGCAAAAGAGGAAGAGCUGGUGAGCCUGGCCUUAACGGAGUAAAUGGUGAUUCGGGCUUGCAAGGAUUAGCUGGACUUCCGGGAGACCAAGGAGGAAUGGGAGAAGCUGGGUCCAUGGGACCUGUGGGUGAAGCUGGUUUAGAUGGAUCUCGUGGAAUGACUGGUGGUCCUGGACCGAGUGGUCGUGUUGGAGCAGCGGGUAGAAAAGGGGAAGCGGGCGAUGCUGGACCAACCGGAAGAGGCGGAAGACCCGGACCGAUGGGACAACAGGGCGUCGAAGGUGUGCCUGGCGAAGUGGGAGAAACUGGAACUCGAGGACUUACCGGUGUCUCUGGUGAGCGUGGUUUAGCUGGUAUUCCGGGACAAAGUGGAGCAAAUGGUCCACGAGGAGACCUGGGAGCCAUUGGAACGCCUGGCUUUGAAGGGAAAAUGGGUAUGAUUGGUUCCAUUGGAGAUCAAGGGCCAACCGGUUUAAAGGGCUCCACGGGUCAAGAGGGAGCCGCUGGAUUGCCCGGGAUCAGUGGAGACACAGGUUCUCAGGGAGCGCAAGGAGUGAUCGGUCAAAAGGGAUAUCGUGGAGAACAAGGCGACAGUGGAGGACCAGGGGGACCCGGGGCAAUGGGAAUGAUGGGAGAAUCUGGACCAUCGGGAGGACCGGGUGAUCAAGGAGGUACUGGAAAAACUGGUCGCAAUGGAAAUAAGGGUGCUGUUGGCGAUCCUGGUCCCCCAGGGAACAACGGAGGCAGGGGCUCACCGGGAGCCCAGGGUCAGGUUGGACCUCCUGGACCACCCGGAACUGCUGGGUCAAAUGGUGAUUAUGGCUUAGAUGGCGCUGCGGGCUACUCAGGGCCACUUGGAAUGAGGGGCAAUGUUGGACCGAGUGGUAAGAGUGGAAUUCAAGGUGUAGCGGGAGCUAAGGGAGAAAUAGGUGAGCCAGGAACGGACGGAAAAGACGGAAAGUCUGGCGUAGAUGGAGAUAUAGGGGUAGCUGGUUCUCCAGGGAAGUCUGGCGAACGCGGUGCCAUCGGAAGUCCUGGUGUAUCCGGUGAAGCAGGAAAACCUGGAAGAGAUGGAUCUAAGGUAAUGAUCAAAAUGCAACAUGAAAGAAAAUAUUUCUGA